AUGAAUCCCUCCUUUCUUGAUCAGUUGCUCGGAUUUCCAGAGCGUGAAACUCUGUUGAUGGAUUGUCCAGCCCUUGCAGUGUUUUGUUUUCAAGAGUUUGUUGCUUCUAUGCAGAACGGGAGACGUGUAACAGAUCCUAUUCUUUUGGAUGAUGAGGUGAGAGUUCUAUUCUCCAUUACAUCACCGGCAGAACUUACAGAAAAGAUAUUUACGGCUCCCCAAGAGGGUAAAUCAACCCAUCCAUUUUGGUCUGCACUGCGAAAGUCACUGGAAUGUGCAUGGGAUCCUUUUCCAGAAAGUAGUGGAAAUUGGUGUCUUUCAGAAGUGGGAGGAAAUGCCCGAAUUUAUGGACCGUCAAUGAAGCGAAUGCCACUUGCAAAUGUUUCUUUACAGAACGCUUUGAAUACAAGUCGUAGUAUUCUCCGCAUGGUAACAGCAUGCGCCCUUGCAGGGUCUAUAGAUCCUCUUGGAGAGAAGCGUGGUCAACCAAUAGCUUCUAUGCUACAAUAUUCUCGUUUGAUCCCUCCCUCGCCAGAAGUCACUGGAGUAACUUCAGAGGGUUUAGGUUUUUGCAUGCAGUCUUUGCAGCAACAGUGGUGGACACUUGUAUCGGUAGCACUGGAUCGUGUACUAGCCUUAACGAAUAAAAAGGGUGUAACACGUUCUGAACUUUGGAAGUUGCUGGCCAUUUUGUUUAUGCUUGAUACGAGUAAGUUUGUUUAUUUGUUUCCUUCAAAGGAAAAAGAUUUAGUAGCUUUUCACCUUUUAGCGCGCCUUUCAGAGGUUGGACUUGUUUAUCCAUUAAUGUGUAACGGACUUCGUUGUUUUGUACUCUCUCCCCAUUUUCAUCAUGCGCUUAGCUGGAGUACCACAGCUCCCCUUUGUACUGUAGCGUUGCUUAAUGAUGAGGGUGGUCCAUCAAACCGUGUGCGUCGUGAAGAUGAGGACACUAUAAUUACAGAGACUAAUUUUCGUCUUUACGCCUAUACACGAAAUCGAGAUCUUUUAAAUAUUCUUGAUCAAUUUGCAGUAAAAGAAGCUGAAGUAGAUAAUAUGAUUGCAUGUUACCGUGUUACACGUGCGUCUUUUGCUGCCGCUUUGCGCAGAGGUAUUAGAGCUUUAGAUAUCCUACGAUUUCUAGCUGUUAAAGCACACCCCUCAAUGUUGAAACACUAUCAUAACAGUAACGAAGGUUCUUCAGAAGAAUUAUAUACAAAUGUUAGUAAUGUCGGAAAUAGGUUUUUAAAUGCCUCUGAUACCUAUAUUGGUGGAGUCAUCCCACAAGCUUUUUGUGAUCAACUACUUACUUGGGAGAGGGAAUGUCGACGACUUGUAUUUCGUCAUGAUCUUGUUCUCCUUCGAAAUCUCAGUGCUACACAGAGAGAGGUAAUAGUAGAUCAUCUUUGCCGGAGUGGAGAAGGCUACGCGGUGGUACAUCAAGAGAAUGGUUACAUGGUUGUUCAACGUGACACCUAUAAUCGUGUGUUAGCGCCUCUUAUUCCUACGGAUUGA